AUGCCCUCAAAACGAGAAUCAAGCGAUGCUGCUUGGCAAGGCCGAACAUACCGCUCGACUGCCUCGGCCAAGCAGGUCCGAUUCCCUGCCAGACGCAGCAGAGUCCGGGGCCAAGGCAACGGGGUGCAGAAGCGAGAACGGGCGUCGCUGAAGCAGCAGACUCUCACACAGAUGGCAUUUGUCUCGUCGUUCAGUGACGAGGCUCCGUUCAUGGAUGAUGAUGAUGAUGACAACGACGACGACGACGACGACGACGAGGAGGAGGAUGAUGCGUCUGCCAGGACGGCCUGUGAUGACAACAAGCCAGCUCCGCCUCAGAGAAGCUCCGAAGCAGAUCUGAGAAAGCAGCCUCGAGAUCCCAUCAGACGGUCUACGCGAGGGUCUGGGAGAGGCACAUCGCCCGUCAUUCGGGAUUCUUACGGGACUCAAGACGGCAGCUUCCCCGACGACGUACUGGUUGAAGCUUCCCCACCACAACUUCGACCCUCACAAGGACGGGAUGCUGCAGUGUCUCCCCGCCGCAGAGGAAGGAGAGGGCCGUCAGACGUAGUCAGAGCGUCACCGCGGCGUCGAGCUCACUGGAGUCGAUAUUCAAGGGGCCCAAGGUCGCCAGAGGAGUCUUCCCAAGCAGAAGACACACCGCCAUCGGGGGAUUAUGCCGACGACAGGGAGAUUCCAGAUUCUGACGAAGAGGAUGAGGAUCUCGAGCUGCAGGACGAUGGACCAGUGGUACAACAAGAUACGUUUGCGACGGGUUACGAAACUCAGCUCGUUCUAGAGGAGCUUGCUUCGCUCGAUUCUCCGCAGCUGGAUGGGCAGGAGGCGGCAAAUGAUCAGCUGCCGACAUCAAUAUCACAAUCCUCGGCACUUGCUUCAUCCGCAGGUACCGCUAUCAGCAAACCGGCACUACCGCCCAUAGAGGCCACCGAGGGUCUACCAACACCAGCGGAAACCGCCUCGCAGCUCCCAUCGACUCCGCCAUUUGCAAAGGCCGCAUGUCCAUCACCGGCUCAGGCUGAGCCUAACCGAAGCCAAGUGUGGCCCGAUCAGGCCUUUGAAUCUCAGCGCGUGCCUCUUCACGUCCUCCAAUCUUUUACGCCAGUAUCUGCGCGCACGGAUAUACUCCUCCCCACGCCUCCCAGUGUACUCAUGUCCAUCGUUGAUGGCUCCGAGACAACCCUCCGUCUGACCUAUCGAGUGCCUGAAGAGGUCCGCCGCUUUUGGCUGUUCGACCAUGACAUUCUGCGCUACAUGGCCUGCGUGCAGCCUGGCACGCCUCGUGGCUUUCUGGACUGGGAAUACAGCGUCGAUCAGGUGUAUGAGCUCAAUAACCCAAUCGAGGAACACGACAUGCAAGAAGAGGGAUGGGUAACUGGACAGGUCCGCCGAUAUAUCUACUUGCCCCCGGCGAUCGUGGGACAGCUUCUGUGGAAUCUUAGAUGCGCAACUCUUACCCAUGGUGCAUCACAACCAGGUGAAGAUGACGGCCCUGAGGACGGAGUCAGACAAAGCAGCAGCAACAAUGCAGAUACACAGGACAGUCAUGCGCCUAAAUUCCUUGACAGCAAGCACGGCGCUCGUAUUCCUGCUGCAAUCUCCUCACAACCGGCGAUUUAUUGCGAGCACCGCACGAGUCCUCGAGCUACCGACCCGCCGAGCAGCUUGACCUUUGAAGACUACGGCAGCUCUACAACGACCAUCACACUAAAUGAUGUCGCCGCCCUGGGUUCAUCUCCCCUCUUGACCAAGAGUCAGAUGCUUCCUGACAGUCUCAUCAGCGAUGAUCUGCCAUGA